AAGGAUUUUGAAAUAAUGUGUUUACAGUGUAAAAGUGAAAAAGCAGACCACCAUAUUGUAUGAUGCUUGGGGCUAGAGAAAAUGGGUAAAGUCAACAUACACGCAUCAGGUGUACACAUAAAGUGGGAAUAAACGACUACAGAAAAUUAAAUGGUUAACAGACCUGAGUGGUAGAAUUCAACUUUAUUUUCUUUAUCUCGUCUGUAUUCCCCCAACUUUCUACAGCUACAGCGGUCUGAAAUUCCCAUGUCAUGGGAACCUGUAUCUAAGCGCUUAUCAAUUUGAGCACUUCUCUCUGGUCUAGAAGGCUCUAAAAUAACAAGGUACCUAGUAAAUAAACGGCGGACUUGAAGUGGCCUGCAGUCUCCUUCAUCCCAACUCAGCCUUGCUCUUUCCAUCUUAACUGCCCUGGGCUCUUCCUGCCUUCUGGAUUCUGAAGAAGAAUUCUGAGCAGGCCCCUGAGGGAGGGGAACACACCCCAAGUUUUGGGAGGGCAGUGGUGGAAUCAACCCCUCACACUGAGAAAGCGCUGGGGACUGAGGGCCCCAACCAGGCAUCGCUAAAUGCGCUUCUAGCUGACUCCGCCUUCGUCGUUCAUCUUCUCCGUGGAACCUCAGGGAACUGAUAGAGGCCCGAGGCUCGCUCGGGCAGGAAGCGCCUGCCACAGGGGACUCCGUGCGACCCCGCGGUCCAGUGUCCUCCGGAACGGCCUCGCCCCGGCGCCGGGAACUCCAAGGGCGGGCGCCCGGGAACCUGCUAGGUGACUCGGACGCCCAGGCAGGGCUGAGAUCCGAGGCUCGUCGCAGCCUGCCGUCCCCGGACCUACUCCGCCACUGCCUCCGCCGCCCAAGCGAGAACCGAGCCGGCAGCCGGCGGAGCCUCCCGCAGCCCGGAGCCCAAGGCGGUUGACGUAACGGGCCGCAAGCCGCCGCGCUCUCGCGAGAUUUACGCUGCCUCCUCCCCGUCCUGGAUCCACGUCAGAAGGAAUCGGGCGGAGCGGCCAACAUGGCGGAACGCAGGCGACACAAGAAGCGAAUCCAGGAAGUUGGUGAGCCGUCAAAAGAAGAGAAGGCCGUAGCCAAGUAUCUUCGAUUCAAUUGUCCAACAAAGUCCACCAAUAUGAUGGGUCAUCGAGUUGAUUAUUUUAUUGCUUCAAAAGCAGUGGAUUGCCUCUUGGAUUCAAAGUGGGCAAAGGCCAAGAAAGGAGAGGAAGCUUUAUUUACAACCAGGGAGUCUGUGGUUGACUACUGCAACAGACUUUUAAAGAAACAGUUUUUUCAUCGGGCCCUGAAAGUAAUGAAAAUGAAGUAUGAUAAAGACAUAAAAAAAGAAAAAGAUAAAGGAAAAUCUGAAAGUGGGAAAGAAGAAGAUAAAAAGAGCAAAAAAGAAAAUAUAAAAGAAGAAAAGACAAAAAAGGAAAAAGAGAAAAAGAAAGAUGGUGAAAAGGAAGAGUCUAAAAAGGAAGAAACUCCAGGAACUCCAAAAAAGAAGGAAACUAAGAAAAAAUUCAAACUUGAGCCACAUGAUGAUCAAAUUUUUAUGGAUGGAAAUGAGGUUUAUGUGUGGAUCUAUGACCCAGUUCACAUUAAAACAUUUGUCAUGGGAUUAAUUCUUGUUAUUGCAGUAAUAGCAGCCACCCUCUUCCCUCUCUGGCCAGCAGAAAUGAGAGUAGGUGUCUAUUACCUCAGUGUAGGUGCAGGCUGUUUUGUGGCCAGCAUUCUUCUCCUUGCUAUUGCUCGCUGUAUUCUGUUCCUCAUCAUUUGGCUGUUGACUGGAGGAAGGCACCACUUUUGGUUCUUGCCAAACCUAACUGCUGAUGUGGGCUUCAUUGACUCCUUCAGGCCUCUGUACACACAUGAAUACAAAGGACCAAAAGCAGACUUAAAGAAAGAGGAGAGAUCAGAAACCAAAAAGCAACAGAAGUCCGACAGUGAGGAAAAGUCAGACAGUGAGAAAAAGGAAGAUGAAGAUGGGAAGGUAGCACCAGGGAAUCAUGGAACAGAAGGCUCGGGCGGAGAGCGGCACUCAGACACGGACAGUGACAGGAGGGAAGAUGACCGGUCCCAGCACAGUAGUGGGAACGGGAAUGAUUUUGAGAUGAUCACGAAAGAGGAACUGGAACAGCAGACAGAUGGAGAUUGUGAUGAAGAAGAUGAUGACAAAGAUGGAGAAAUGCACAAAUCUGCACAUGAAAAAUUAUAAUCUGACGAAUUUGAGGACUGAAUAAGUGCAGCAAGUUGGGUUUUCUACCUUGGGUGAUCAUAAUGUACACAUGGCAUUUGCAGCAUUCUUUAAAUCCAUUUUCUGAAAUGUAUUUGACAUUCAGUUAGAGUCAGCCUUUUGUUCUGUAGAGCAUUGGUACUAUUGGCACAGUCUACAGCCAUUACUAAUGUAUCCAUCUGAUAAUUUUACAGGAAGUAGGCCUCAUUUUGAUAGUCAUCAAAGAGAUAUUGUCCACAGUGACAUUUAGAUUAAGGGCAUUUUUGAUAGUUGUAUGGCUUUUUACUGUUAGACUAAUGGAAAUCACUAAAGAAACUGCAGCAUUUCAAAUUAUGCAUAAGUAUAUAGCCAUUUUGCAGUUUCUUUACAAUGAAAUGCAUAAACUCAUUGUUCUUGGUAACUAUGCUUUUGUUUUUCUUCAUAAAUUAUACCAGAAAAUUCCUUUUUAAGAUUUUGAGUUAACAGGGAUCAAGAACAUUUUGUGGAAACAAACCAGCUAGUAACAGUGUAGCCAGCGAUACUUUUAAUUUAGCUACAAAUUCUCCUUUUCCAACUUAGGAAAUCCAAACUGAAUUGUGCAUUCAAUCCAGAGAAAGGUGGUCAUCUCCAACACAGUGAAGAGCACUGAUUAGAAGAUGAGGGCUCUUCCUUCCUCCCAUCUCCUUGUCAUAAAAUGUAUUCUGUACAUAAUUUACAAAUAAAACAUUUUAUUUUAAUUGUUACUUAUUAUUUAGACAUUUCUCAACACUUAAAUUUGUAAAACAACAACCAUGUAAGGGUAUGUUUUUAGAGUUUCAGUAACCCACAGAACAUCUGAUCUUUCUACAGCAGCUUCAGUCGUGUGCCAACAUUCCAUGUAUUUUAGUAGGAGUAAAAAUGAUCCUUAUUUUAAAUAAGAACAGAUUUAAAGUAGCUGUUUGUACGCCUUAAUGUUCAUUUUGAUUUAUUUUAAAUCUUUACAUUUAGAAAUGGGGACUAUGUUAUCAGACCAGGAGGCACUGCUGUGAAAGACAAUUUGCUGUUCUAAAAUACCAAUUAAAAAUAAAGAAUAUAAAGAAAACAUAGAAAA